CGAAUGUUAUCAGUCAGCCUUAUCUCGACCCGCCGCAUUGAUUUCCAUCCAACCGUGUCAAUGCCCACUGCCAAGAGCUUUGAGCUAAGCUUUAUUAACGUUAAGCGCGCCAAGCAAUCAUGAACGCGCUCUGGCCAUCGCGAUUCUCUAAAACGACGACGUCGCAACGGGCAGGAAGCAGCCAACGGACAUGCCAGAUCAGCAGAAAAAGGAAGCAGCAUCUCUCACCACGACCACCCAGCAAACCCAGAAAACCCUCCCGCCCAAACGCCCGCAACUCCAUCGGAAUCAGCAGUCGCCCGCCCCGCCGCCACCACUUUCUACCAUUACCACCGGCCCGGUCACCACCCCGGCGGCACCCGCGAUAGCACCCUCUCCGCUCAUGGCCACGGGCGACGGCAGCAGUAACGUUAGCGACAACAAUGACAGCAGCAAUGCCGGCGGCCAACCGGGCGCCGCCAAGCCCUCAUCCCAGCCCCAACCCCAAUCCCAGUCUCAAGACCCGUCCUUCUCCCUCGCCCAGCUCCGCCGCAUCGUAGCCGAAAUCCCCCGCACCGAGCCCAUCGCCUACGACUAUGUCUACUCGGACAUGGACUCGCUCCCCGAAGAGAUCGACGAGUGGUUCAUGUACAACUUUUGGCAGUGGGUCCGCCUCAACGCCGCCAACCGCGCCUUCUACUCGGCCUGGGCCAGGCUGUUCUCCCCGUCCCCGUCUGCGUCCACGCAUCAUGGCGAGGGGCCCGGUAGCUAUGAUAAUCAUCGUAAUAGUUAUGAUGCUGCUACUGGCGGUGGCGGCGGGGAUGGCAAUGCUGAGGGCGGUGGUGGGCAUCCCGCCUGGGACGAGGUGGACGAAGCGCUCCGCAGGACCUUUGUGGAGGGCUUGCUGCUCGAGAGCGUCAGGAACGGGGAAAAGGUUGCCAGAGGUGAGGCUAUCGGCGCCUUGGUCUACCUCGUGCUCGGCAGGUGGACCGAGACGGUCAAAGGGGCCGCGCCUGUGGUUGUCCAGGGCAAGGUCAGAACCGCGGCGACGAGCGCGCAGCUGGAGGCUAUGAAGGACGGGGUGAGGUUGCUGGCGAGCUGCGGGGGCAUCCAGGUUGUUUGGGAGGUCUUGCAGGGUCUCUUUAAGCUGUUUUGGGCUGAUGAGCUGCCGCAGAACGCGCAAAUGGUCGGGGAAGAGCUGAUUCAUCUGAUGACCAUCAUGUACAUUGCUAUCCAGGAGGUGCUCGAUGACCCGGAAGGUCUGGCCGAAGUUCGGGCUAAGCUCCUCGCGCUCAACCCGAGCUUGGUCUGCUUCAUGCUUCAUGUCACAGCCAAGUUGCGAUGGGACGAGACAGGGAUCCUUCCCCAGCACCAGAUCUUUCUCCUCUUCUGGAAGUCAAUCUUGCUUGUCUUUGGCGGUUCCAGGGAGCUAGCCGAGACCAAGCAAGCCACGAGUGAGACUGAGGGCGACGACGCCAAGGAGACCAUCACGGCAUCUCCUUUAGACUACCACGUGUUUCGGCAAGAGAUCACGUCAAAAUACCCGGCCUACAUCCCGCCCCAGCCAGUGUUGCCGCUUGAAGCAGAGCAAACAUCCCUGCUUCCCCAACUCCCAAACCAUCCGACAAGAAACAACGGCGCCAACGGCAUCCUUCCCGGGCCCCCCGGCCAAAGCGGAGGAGCCUCGAUUCUCCACCAGCCCGUCCACAUCGCAACCCCUGCGCCGUCACCGCCCCCUAGCCCUGGGGUCGGUGGUAAAGGCGGAAAGAAACAGAAUUAUCAAACAAACCAAAACUUCCCCUUCAUGUACCCGCCUCUUGACGCCACUAGCAACUGCGCCGGAGGUAAGGGCGCCGCUGCGCUCCAGGAUCAGUUGGUGGGCAGGAAAUGGGAGGGCAGCGACGUCCCAGCAUCCAUUCUAGAGGCUGGAGAGCUCUUCUCCAAACGAGUGCGCAUGACGCGCGCUACCCGGCAGCUGUGGCGCGAGCGAGAGGAAUUCCUCAAGUUUGACAGGGGCUGGAACGGGGUCGAUGAGGACAUUAUUGAGGAGCUCGACCUGUCAUCGCUAACGCUUGAGGAGAAGGAGGAGUUAGGCCUUGCCAAUCCCGCUAGCGAAUCAAGGAGACCUACUGCGCCCGAGGUGGACUAUGGCCCUCGCGGAGUUGAUCAGCGGACGAAGGAGCGGCUAGAUGCCGUCGAGGAAUUCUAUAAAGAGGCCUUACCGCACCUUCAGUCACUGGUUAUCGUGCUGCUAAAGCAGAUCUUGGCUAUAGCUACUAACAUGGUUUCGCCCUCGACUGCUAACGGCCCGCAGGGCAACGGCCCAGCCAGCGCACGCCCGAACGGCGGCCAGGGCCAGAACGCGCCGAACGGCGUUAAUGGAGUCCCCAAGGGAGACCCUUCUUCGCCGUUGGACGCCGAUGUGGAUGAAUUGCGGAGUAGGGAAAUCGCUGCUAAGGCUGUUACUGGCAUCAUGAUCCUCCUGUUGAAGUGGCUAAAGCUCUCUCAUGUCCUGAAGUUUGAGUACAUGACCCAGCUCCUCCUGGAUUCUAACUAUCUUCCGCUGGCGCUGAAGCUGUUUGCCAUGCACGACGUGCAGCAAGUCGUUGAGAGCAAGACGGACAGACUCGAGCACAGCUUUUUCUACUUCUGCGGCUCACGAGCAGGCGUCAUACCCCACCCCAACGUCCCGAACCCAACCGCUACAGAAUUUGAAGAAGACGGCAGCGAGGACGACGCCGUGCCGCCACCCAUAAGACGCCGCCGCUCACACCUGACUGCUGGCCCCGAAGCGGACAGCACCACAGCCGCUGCAAACAGCACUACUAACAAUACAUCCGCGGAGACCUCCUCCACAGCCGCCCUCGACGCUCAACAAGCACAAUCCUCCUCGUCACCGUCCUCGUCGACACGGCCCGAGGUCGACGAGCUAGGCUACCCAGUGAACCCCUUGCCGGCGGAACCCAUCACGGACUUUUCGCGCCGCAACUUCUUUUCCCUCAUCAACUACCUGCGCGUGAUGCAAAAGAUAUGCAAGCACAAAGCGCACCGGAACCUCCUGCUUGUGCAGUACAAGUCGUCCAACAUACUCCGCAAGGCCCUGCGCGUGCCCCAGCAGGAGCUGCGUCUAUACACGCUCAAGCUAUUCAAGAACCAGGUCCCUUACUGCGGCCGCAAGUGGCGCCAGACAAACAUGCGCGUCAUCACGGCCGUCUACCUGCACUGUCGCCCAGAGCUGCGCGACGAGUGGCUCGCCGGCUCCGACGUCGACGCCGAGGUCGAGGAGGCUCUCCCCCUCGAGCAGGCCCUCCGCAGCCUGACCCAUUGGUUCAACCUGCGCCGCUAUCCGGACAAGAUGGCCCCGGAGCUGCGCGACGCCCUGAGGGAGGAGCGCGAUUUUUUUGUGCGCGAGUUGGAAAAGACCGAGUUCCUGGGCUGGGGCAUGGAGAUGAUGGGCGAGGGAGGGGACGAUGUCGGAGGCAUGGGUAAUGGUGGCGGUGGGGGCGGUGGUGGAGGAGGAGCGGGUAGGCCAGGGGAAUGGGAGCAUGAAACCGGGGUUUGGGGUUAA